AUGCCUCCCUCGGGGAACUUAUCACAGCUCUUACGGCCCAGGGUAUCUCAGUGUCUUCCGGCUUUGCCACCACCGCACACGUCUAUCGGCAGCCAUUUUAGGCGCGUAUCGAGAAUUGUCCGCGAAGAAUGGGUUCGCGAUCUCAGCGUCGCAGUACGGUCGAGCGCCACGGCUGAGGAUCUCUCUGAUGCGAGCUUCGCGGGACAGCAGGAGUCGUAUCUGAAUGUGCGCGGGGAAGCGGAGGUCCUGGAUGCUUGUCGGCGGUGCUAUGCGUCCUUAUUUACGGAUGGGGCGAUCAGUUAUCGUCAGACGCAGGGGUUCGAUCAUAUGAGUGUUGCGCUGUCGGUGGGCGUGCAGAGGAUGGUGCGUUCGGAUGCGAGUGGUGCUGGGGUUAUGUUCUCGAUUGAUACCGAGACCGGGUUUGAUAAGGUCGUCUUGAUCAAUGCCGCUUGGGGGCUCGGUGAGAAUGUGGUUCAGGGGACUGUGACUCCGGAUGAGUAUCAGGUGUUUAAGCCGUUGCUGGGCGAUGAGAAGUUGGUUCCUAUUAUGGAGAAACGGUGUGGAGUGAAGGCAAUGAAGUUGAUAUAUGGAGGGGCCGGAGGGGAGGGCACGCGCAAUGUUCCGACGUCCAAGGCUGAGCGGGCGGCGUAUGUGUUGAAUGAUCAGGAUAUUCUGCAGCUCAGUCACUGGGCGUUCAAAAUUGAACGACAUUACGGAUGUCCGAUGGAUAUCGGCAUCACCGGGGAGCUGUUCAUCAUGCAGGCCAGACCCGAGACGGUGCAUUCUCGUCGUGAUGCUGCCAUGUUCAAGACAUAUACAGUGGCACACGUGGGCCGUACGCUAGCAGGUGGUCCAUCAGUGGGUAAUGCGGCUGUCAGAGGUCGAGUCCGUCUCAUCGAAAGCGUACAAGACAUGCACCGAUUCAUCGACAGAGCGGUACUCGUCACCCGCAGCACCGAUCCGGACUGGGUGCCCAUCAUGAAGCGUGCUGCAGCCAUUGUGACUGACCUUGGUGGACGCACAUCGCACGCAGCGAUCAUCAGCCGCGAAUUGGGCCUGCCUGCCGUCGUGGGCAAUGGAAAUGCCACCUACGUGCGGACGCCACCGUGUCCUGCGCCGAAGGCGACGCGGGCUUUGUCUACGAGGGGCUAUCCCAAAUCACCACGCAGACAGUGGAUUUACUUCUCUCCCCUCCGUGCGCACCAAAGUUAUGCUCAACCUAGCUAA